GGGGAGCAGGGAUCCCGGUGACAAAAAUGGGGGUAUUUUCUCUGUCUUCCAGUUGGAAGACUCAACUCCCCCUUCAGGCACUUUAGAUACUUCUUGGGACCCAGUGGACGGUCAUACCCUUCCAAAGCGUCCCCAUCCUUUCUGGGGAGCGAAACCCACCCCCUGGGUCCGUCCCAGAGGAGCGUGAGCGGGGCAUGCCCCAGCCGCCCCGACCGUCCGGAUCCCUCGCCGGCGCAGCCUCAGGCCUCAGUCCGGAGAGGUACCUGCUGUCGGCCUGGGCUGGGGGAAAGGCCGCCGCGGCCUGGGCCGCGGGUGAGGGCAGAAUAACCGGUGGGAAGGCUGCGUUUUCACGAAGGACUCGGGUGAAGCUGCAGAGCUGCCUUUGAGCCCUGACUCCUUGGCUUCCUGGGUCGGAGGAGAUCUUGUAAUGGAGUGGUUCUUCGUCUCACACUAACAAGAUGCCUGAUUUCCUCAGGAUCGAGGGAUUGAAGAAUGUCCCGGGUUCCAUUGGGGAAAGUCCUCCUGAGGAAUGUCAUCCGGCACACAGAUGCUCACAAUAAGAUUCAGGAGGAAUCAGAUAUGUGGAAAAUAAGAGAACUGGAGAAGCAGAUGGAAGAUGCUUACCAGGGGACCAAAAGGAAAAUGUUACCCAGCAGUUCAAGCCGGAUGCGUAGUGAUGGUUUUGAUGAAGAAAGUCAAAGAGACUAUUGGAGGCCAAAGAAUGAAAUUUCUGGGACACUAGAAGAUGAUUUUCUUAAGGCUAAAUCCUGGAACAAGAAGUUAUAUGAUUAUGAAGCUAACAUGCCAGACAGAUGGGGUCACAGUGGUUAUAAAGAGUUAUAUCCUGAAGAAUUUGAAACAGACAGUAGUGAUCAGCAAGAUAUUACCAAUGGAAAAAAACCAUCUCCCCAGGUAAAAUCAUCUACCCAUGAAUCUCACAAACACAAGAAGUCAAAGAAAUCCCACAAAAAAAAGCAGAAAAAAAAGUCACACAAAAAACAGAAGAAAAGCAAAAAGGAAGCGACAGAUGUAACAGCAGAUUCCUCAAGCGAGUUCUCAGAAGAAACUGGGGCUUCUAGUACCAGGAAACGGAAACAACCACAUAAGCACAAGAAAAAAUCCAGGAAAAAGUCUGUCAAAAAACCUGCUUUAUUCUUAGAGGCAGAAAAUGACAGUUCCCAGUCAGAUGAUUCUGCAUCCAGCAGUUCUGAGGAAAGUAAGGAAAGAGACACUAAGAAAACCAAGAGGAAAAAGAGAGAUAAAAAAGUCCAUAUCCCUAUAGUUAACAAUGAAAUACAGGAGAGGACAAACAAACGCACAAAUUGGAAAGUGGCUACAGAUGAAAGGUCUGCCGAGAGUUCAGAGGAUGACUAAAUGAGAAAGAGACAUUCUUCAGUUUCCAUGAGACUCUGGAUAUUACAGCUCUUACACCUUGGGGUUUUGCCAGUGACUCUAUUGCUUAGCACAGGGGGCCUGAGGUCAGAGCUGUCCUGUGCCAUCUAUAUAUGUUCUGACAGACUUCUUAUCUUCUAUUUUGGCCUGUUAAACUUGAUCCUCUUAUGUUAAUAGGGAAUCUGGUAUUUUGUUAUUAAGGUUUCUUGAAGAGAUUAUUUUUUUUGCAAUUAAUCACAUUUAGUGUAGAGAGCAUAUACAGCAAAUUAAAAGCCCCAGAAAGCUGAACCCAAUAAUGACCUGGAUACACCAGUUGGAAUGUUGAAUUUGGGGAAAGUAAGGGCUGGGAUCAAGAGGUGGAUUGGAACCAGUGCUGUGUAGGAUGGUAUGAUAAAGCAACAUCAAGUUGCUCUCUUGUCAGUUUUAUAGCAGGUGCCACAA